CGGUGACGGGGGCGGGGAAGCGGCUCCGCUCAUGCGCCCGCCCGGAGCCCGAGCGCGGGGGCCCGGGCGGGUCAGCGCCCACGGGCGGCGGCGGCCCCGCGUAAACAACCGACGAUGGAGCCGCUUCCCCGCGGCCCCGGCCGGGCUGCCGGGCUGCUGACCUGCCUGGUGCUGCUCUCCCUGCGCGGCUGCCCAGGUGUGGAUGCCCAGGAGAGUCAGGACUUUGAGCUGCUGCAGCCCCAGGACAAGGUGUCGGUGGCAGCGGGGGACACGCUCAACCUGACCUGCACCAUGUCCGGAGGCGGCCCCAUUGGCCCCGUGAAGUGGCUGAAGGGCUGGGGCAGCGGGAACGAGACCGUUUAUGAGCAGACGGGCUCCUUCCCCCGCGUGACGAGGGCAGAGAGUGAGUCUGGCACAGACUUCACCAUCCGCAUCAGCGACGUUCAACCUGAGGAUGCCGGCACCUAUUACUGCGUGAAGUUCCGCAAAUUGCUGGGCAGUGCUGAUGAGGUGUCCCGGCGUGGAAAGGGCACGGUGGUGUCUGUGGAUGCCCAACCCACCACCCCGGUUGUGUCCGGGCCCGACCACAGAGUGGGACCAGGGCAAUCGGUGCCUUUCAACUGCACGGCCGGAGGGUUCUUCCCCAAAAAUAUCAGCGUGAAGUGGUUCAGAAACAAGGUUCAGAUCGCAGCCGAGAUGCUCGAGAUCACCUCCGGGCAGACAAAUUCCUCCUACAACAUGCGCAGCACUGUGAGCGUGAAGCUGCGGGAGGAGGACAUCCACUCGCGGCUCGUUUGCGAGGUGCAGCACUCCACGCUGAAGACCCCUCUCAGCACGGUGUACCAGCUCGGCAAAACCCUGCGAGUUUCCCCCAGUGUCCGCGUGGUCCCUGACCCGCUGAGCCCCGUUGAGGUGAACAAGACCUUGAUCUUCACCUGCCACGUGGAGAGGUUUUACCCGGGAAAUGUGACCGUCACCUGGCUGGAGAAUGGGUCGGAGAUAAAGGUGGAGAACAACAUGUCCCGGCUGGAGAACACCUCCCAGGGCUUGUUUCGGCUGAGGAGCCUGGUGGAGGUCCAAGCGACGGAGGAGAGGAACGGGUCCGUGUUCACCUGCCGAGUGGUGCACGAUGCCCAGGACCCCAUCAACAGAGUGGCCACCCUACGGAUUGCUGCCCUGUCCAGGGAUGGUCUGGACGACCCGCCCGAGAAGGAUAACGGCAGUUUGAUCAUCAUCUACAUCGUGGUGGGAGUGGUCUGCACUGUGCUGGCGCUGCUGGUGGUCGCAAUUCUGUACCUCAUCCGGGUGAAGCAGAGCAAGGGUAAAAGUUCACCAUCUGCUAGGUUACAUGAGCCGGAGAAGAGCAGCGAGGCCACUACCCAGGAAUCCGACCCCAACAACCUGACCUACGCCGACCUGAACUUCGACAGAGAGAGGAAGACCAUCCGCCGGAUGGUGGAGAUGAGCCAGCAGUCGGAGUACGCCUGUAUCCAGACCAGCCGGGCGCCCACCGGUGAUGACAACCUCACCUACGCCGACCUGGACAUGGUACACCUCAGCAAGGCGCCCAGGCGACCGGCCCCGCACCCCGAGGAGGCCAGCUCCGAGUACGCCAGCGUCCAGAUCCCGAGGAAGUGAGCAGGGCUGGAGCGGCUGCCGGGACCUUCCCCCCCCCCCCUCCACACCCGCCCCCAGCCCCGCUUCACGGGGAGCCACCCUGCUCCUCCCCAGGGAGGAUUUUCUUGGAAGCACGGAGAGGGAUGUGAAGAUGCGCUGCGGCACCCGCGUUUCGGGAUGGCAAUGGAACCCGCAAUGCUGUGGGGGUCAGCUCCCGCCCGCAGAGACCUGAUUUUUGGGGGGGGGUAGCUUUGUCUCGGGGCUGCCGGCUCCAUCUCUUUGGGAUUCCACACCCACACACCCCCCCCCCCCCCGGCCCUCAACAGCCAUGGGGGCCGCUCAGCCUCGGUGUGCCGGGUUUGCCCGCACGUGCGUUAAGCCAGCGGAGCGGCGGCUCCUCGGGAAGCUCCAGCCGGGCUGAGGGGACAGGGACAGUGCCUCCAGACCGGCUCCCACGGGGAUCUCACUGCCUGGCCAGGCUUGCACGGCUUCUCACAGCCCCCCCCCCCGAACACACACACCCCGCAGGGGUCCCCACGCUGCCUUUUGGGGCUCUCUGCCGCCAGCGCCUGGAAAACAAACUCUGGCUUUAAAGGCAGGACCUAAGCGUCCGCUUCUCUCUUCCCAAGUGUCCCUUCCGCGGGACCUCGGUCUCGCACCAAGGCCGAUGAGGCUGGGAAGGUCGGCGAACUGUGAGCCCCCACUGCUGCGGGCUUGCCCCCCAUCCUGCCGCCCAGGGAGGCUCCAGGUAGGGCUCCCCGGCACCGAGCAUCCUCCUCCUCCUCAUCUUCCUCUGCACAGCCUUGCCCUGCACCGGGACCCACCAGCGCUGCCCCAGGCUUGUACAAAGCGUGCAGCUCCGAGCCGGCCGGGCUGCGGGUGCCCGCGCCAGCCUGGCCCUCCCCGGGAGCUCCCUGCAGGUACCGUGUAACAUGUUUUGACUGUUUGACAUGUAACUGUUAAUUUUUAGAGCUAAAACCCAAUGUUUCGUGUUGUACGUGGGUGUACUGCUGUGUACUUAACACUAGAAUAAGAUGUGCAAAAUUAAGACCGAGGCCUCAGUAAAGACCUCUAAACGCUGCAGA